CCCCCACCCUGUGGGAGUCAGUCGCGUCAGACGGCACAUCGACACAACCUGCUUGUGCGUCGGCACAUCGAUCACAGUACGCAUCAUUCCCUCGAACCCGGUGGCACCAUUUAAACCGAUAAGGGCUUUCAACCGCACGCGUUUCACACACUGCUGCUGGGAAAACAUGAAUGCAAUGCCGCAUUUGCACAGCGGGAGGCGGCAUGUCUGCGGCAGCAAGAGAUCAAGGCGGUCCGCGACGACGACGGCCAUGGCAAUAGGAUUUCUAAUGGGCAGCAGCAGCGGCAACAGCAGGUGGAGUGGCGGCGGGGGAGCGGAUGCCUUUGUGCUGCCGUCUGCGCCGAGAAGUCUGGGGCAGCGUGGACGCCAACACCGCGAGGAACAGCCGUGGGAACACCGUCGGCGUGCUGGUUUUCCCCCAGGCGUGUCGUCUGCGAGGAGGAGGUCGGCCGGGCGGGUGUGCUCGUCGUCUCUCGGGAACACGGAGGAUGAAACCGCCGCGGCGUACAAGAAAGCCUUUGACGACAUCCUGGAGAAGGGCAACACGGAGGAGUGCCUCAACCUCCUACGACGGUCUGGCAGCAAGCUUGAGAUCAGCAUGGCAGAGGCGAGCAAGCUGCUCAACGUCAUGUCCGGCGAACUCAAGCUCGACCUGAAGAAGGAGAACCCCCACGACAACCUCAUCAAUACCUACAAUGCCCUGAAGGCGGCCGGCCUGCUUCGAGGCUUCGGCUCCAUCGACUUUGCGAAGGGUCCCUCCUCCCAGAGCCGGGACGUGUCCGCCGAGAAGCUUCUGUCGCUGUCGGGCGUGGAGAAGCAGAACCUGGCACCGGGGAGGCCGACGGGGUCUUGGCUGGCGGCGGGGAUCGGGGUGUUUGGAGCGGAGUACCUGGCGGGCAUUUUGAUGGGCCUGGACCCUUUGCAGACCGUCAUCCCCUGGACAUUAGGUCUUAUCUUCGCGGACAGGCUGCUGCUGAACGGGGCCUUGUCGGAGUCUCUGACGCGCUUGAUCGUGCCCGCCUACCGGGAGAGGAUAAUCCGCCACGAGGCCGGGCACUUCCUUGUGGCCUACCUCCUCGGCUGCCCCGUGCAGGCGUGCCUGCUUGAUCCGUUCGUUUUGGGGAGCGGCCUGACCGGCGCUCAGGGGGGCACGGUCUUCGCAGACCCCGUCCUCUCCAAGCAGAUGGCGGACGGAAAGCUCACCAAGUCGUCGAUCGACAGGUUCUCCAUCGUGCUCAUGGGAGGCAUUGCGGCCGAGGCGAUCAACUACGGCAACUCGGAGGGAGGGUCAGCUGACGAGGGCGUCAUGAUCGGCAUCUUGAGUACAAUCGCGCCGCCGUUCGACCGGGAGCAGAUCAAGUCUCAGGCGCUCUGGGCGGCCACGCAGGCGGUGCUGCUUAUCCAGGAGCACAAGGAAGCGUACGAGGUGCUGGUGAACGCCCUCGAAAGCGGCGCGGAGCUCGGCGAGUGCGUGAUGUUCAUCGAAGCGGAGCUGGCGAAGAGGGAGCUGCCCGGAGACGUUAGGCGCGCUCGCCGACAGCCUGCAUCACCGGCCGAUGAAAUGCGGAGCAUGCUGGGGCGACGCAUGAGCCAGACGAAUCGCUCGGAGCAAGAGCGCAAGGCGAAGGAAGCAGCCGGCGCGGCAGCGAGAGAGAGGGCGUCUGCGACAAGAGCGGCCACCCUGGAGCUAGAACAAGAGCUGGCCGAGAAGGACACGGCCAUGCUCGACCUACAGCGUCGGGUGGAGGAUUUGGAGCGCAUGCUGGAGUCGGGCGCCGCGAUCGGCCCCAAGGCCUUGAAGGACGAUUCCGGAGGCGUGUGGAUGAACGACCUCAAGUCGCUGAGAGAGGACAUCACGGCGACGAGCGAGAAGAACAAGUUAGCGGCCGCUGCUCUCGACGCGGUGCUCUCCGACGAACCAACCACACCAGUGGCGUCAUCGUCAUCAUCGUCAGCCUCGGCGGCGACACCAUCAUCACAGCCGCUGGCUGCAGCAGCAGCAGCAGCAGCAGCAGCAGCAGCAGCAGCUUCUCCCGAAGAAUCCACUCCCUCUUUGUCGCUAGAAGAGGCGAGGAAGGCGGAGAUUCUGCAGGACAUCGACCGGAAAACAGCCAAGAACGCGAAAAAGAUGGCCGAGGUGGAGGCGAGGCUGCGAAGCUUGGAGGAGAAAUAAUGACCAAACAUCAUCAAAUGACGCGAGCAAGACGGUUGGCGACGUGGAGGGGUUGUAAGCACGUAUGGCAAGAAUUCUAGGAGAAGCAGCGGCAAGGAGACGACACACAAAUGACGAUGUACCGAGAAAUUAAAAGGGGAGAGGGGGGGUGGCUACCGCGAGGGUUGCGGUUGUACAGGUGUAUUUUUUAGACGGCCAUCGUUCGUUGCUGUUGUUGUUGCCGCAGGCCGAGAGUUUUUGAUGACGAGACUAACGCGCAUCCUCAGGAGCGCCGCCCGAUGCAGAGUUAGGGGCUGCUGUUGAACCUGCCAGCCUUUCGUUUGCCAGCAGCGGUGCUGUUAACACAAAGGUAGGUCCUACGAUGGGGGUAAUGUUGCGGCGACACGUCAUCUGUUGCAGUACGGAAGGGUUGGGUGCGCGGUGAAGUAGGUUUGGGGAAUGGAUGGACGCGUUGCCCCGAGAAUGAAAAAUCUCGGCGCAAGGGACCGCCGGGGGGCGGUGACGCUCAGCUAAAGACCCCGGGGUUUUCGCCUCUAGAUUGUGUGUACCCUUUGGCACUGAAAAUGCUCUGAAAAUGCUGUGUUGUUGUGUGUGUAGACUAAUCUUGAGCGCUGGAGACGGCCGAGAUGGCGUGUCACCUCGCGGCCCCGAGACUCGACGUUUAGAGCUUAUUCUCCUCCCCUGGUGGACCCAGUCGGAAGCAGUCCUACUCAUCGUUGCAGGAGCGAGGACCUUUGGACGUGCGUUCCUCCGUGUAGGGUGAGGGGGGGGGGGGGUACUCAUAGUCGUGCAUGCCGCAGUCGUUAGACCAUUGACCUCGCAUCCCUACAAAGCCGGGACGGAGCACGCCGGGUUCUCACCGGACCAGGCUCUCACACCACCAAGCGCGAGCGCCGUGAGGUAUUCGACGAGUCGCAUGAAGGGUGCGUUGCAUCCUGCAUGUAGGGUGAGGGGGGCGAGUUGAUUGCAUUAUUUUUAUAAGGGUAUGUACGGGCGCCCUCCACUUUUUUUUUAUCGUGAACGUGAACAACGUGGACCUAUUUCUGUCGACAACUUAGGAAGUAAAGUCGUUCUGGCACUUGAGCUUUUAGUCUCUCCCUAAGAGUAACAGCUGAAGAACGUUGAAAAUGUAAAAGUGCCAGCCUAGCGGUGAGCAACUGGAUGUACCAUCCGAGGCCAUCCUUUUUUGUUGUUGUUGCUGUGUGUCUCAUGACAAGGCCUUAUUCUACGAUCUGUAGGAGAUAUUUUCCUCAUGUCGGGCGGGGGUUCAUGGGGUUGCCGUCGCGUUGGCUGUCUAUGCGUUUGCAUAUCAUGCAUACGUACGUACGUGUCCAGAAUUCGAAUGCGGUGCACACAUCACAGGCGAUAGUAUUUGACGAAAGUUUUGUGUUUUAUUUGCAUUUCUGUUGCGUUGACACGAACAAGACGGCUCUCUGUCGGACGUACGCCGUAAACUUUUGGGCCAUGUAUGCGUACUUUUUUGCUAAAGGUUUUCUUUGUAAAAAAAAUAUAUAUCCCCAGCAACCCGCAGUGGAAUGGAAAUGAAAUGGGUUCUC